UUACAAUUUAUUUAACCUCAUAUUUUGUCGAUAAGAAAGGAAAAAAACAAAACUGACUUCUCAAGUAAUGAUACCGAUGAGGAUUCAGAAUACGUACCAUCUGAACAAAGUUCUUUUUCACAAGAUAUUGAAUCUACACAAGAUCGCGUGGAAAGUACAAUAAACAAGACUGCGUCUUCCACUUCAAGUUUGGAUACUUCAAAUACUGUUGGCUCAGUAAUAUGCAACGAUGAGCUUAUGUAUGUGGAAACAUCUAAAAUGAAAUCGAAACGAAACUAUUGUGUUUUCUGCAAGAAGUUGCAAACUCAACUUGCACGUCAUUUGGUAACAGUUCAUCGUAAUGAACCACAAGUAAAAAAGUUUGCCAUAUUACCUAAGAAACAUCCAGAAAGAUUGCAAAUAAUAGACGCUAUUUGGAAAAAUGGAAACUUCAAAUUUAACACAAAAGCCGAACUUGAUAGUGGACAAUUACUUGUUAGUAGACGUCCAAAUAAAAAGUAUCAUAAAUCUGCAACUGACUUUACAGCCUGUGCCAAAUGUAAAGGAUUUUUUGCCAAAAGCACAAUACGACAUCAUUCUAGAGUUUGUUUUAACAGUAAAUUUAAUAAAAAUAAGAAUAUUAUGGUAAUGGGUAGACGAAUCAUUGGAAGACUUCAUCCAAUAGCCAGUAAAACUUUAAGGAAAACUGUUUUUCCGGUUAUGAAGGAAGAUGAAGUAACACGGAUUUUGAGAUACGAUGAGUUAAUGAUAACAUAUGCAAAUAAAAUGUGCGUAAAAUAUAAAGUGCAACAUCAGCACGACAUGAUUCGUGCCAAGUUACGCCUUCUUGGACGGUUUCUCUUGGCGUUAAAGGAUAUAUAUACAAAUAUACAAGACUUCCAAUCGCUGUACCAUCCUCGAUUAUACGAUGACUGCAUCUCUGCAAUAAACAUAAUUGCAAAUUAUGAUAAUAACACACAACUCUAUAAAGCUUCCGCCGUAGCAUCUACUUUGUCAACUCUUCUAAAAUAUGUUGAAAAUAUGUUAAUUGUAGAAUGUAUCAAAAAAGGAGAUGAGGAUAAGAAGAAAUUAGUCAAAGAUUUCAUAAAACUACUCAUUGCAGAUAUUAGCACAAGUGUCAAUAAAACUGUGCAAGAAACGCAGUCUGUACAUAAAAGACAUAAAAAGAUAAUCUCCCCUUAAUGAAUGAUAUUAAAGUUCCAUGAAUAUUUGAUGAAACAAAGAAAUGCAGCAUAUGCAGCACUAAAAAAGUCGUUUUUAUAUGACAAAUG